UUCUCACAAUUAAGCUUCUUCAAGACUCCUUCCACAGAACAAAUUCCCUCUUCAAUAACCAAAAAGAUUCCCAUUUUCUAAACAAGAAAAAAGCAAAAAAACAGUUCCAUUACAACACCACCAUAAGACUUCGAGAGAACUAGUACUUAGUUUUCCAUCUCCAUGGAGGUUGGGAUCGGCGCUACGUCGAGGAGGAGCAGGUUUUCUUCCUACGACCGGUGGGUGGCAGUAGGCCUCGGCCUUCUCGCGGUUGUUUCGCCGCUCUAUAUCGACCGGAGGCCGAGCAUCGAGGAGUUGGAAGAGGAGGAAUCAUCCAUUAAUCUUGGCUUCUGGUUGCCUGCUCUUCUCAUGACCUUGAUCUUCAUUAUUGCUGGAGUGCUUCACUUAGAACAGAGAUGUGCUAGAUUUGAUGCUUAUUGGAUUCACAGAGUUGGUGGCUCUUCUUGUGGCAUAUUCAUCAUUCUUCUGCUUCUUGCAUUUGUUUUGAAGUGUAAAGCUUCUUUGAUGUUUUGGGAGUCUUAGAGCCUACCUCAACUUUCAAAUUUCUUCUUUGUGUUUGCUUGUGUUUUCUUAACUUUCAAAAAACUGUUCAGUUUCAUCAAUGGACAGUAAGCUUAGAGUUGAACAAAUUUGUAGCAGUUUUCUUUUCAUUGCGUAUUCGAAUGGAAGAUUAUGCGAAGCGUUCUCUAUUUCA